GAGAGCUCCUGGCUUUGUCAGAAUCCAGAAUGAAGACUUUUGAUGCAAAUGACCUGUAUCAGGGACAAAAUUUCAGCAAAGUUCUCAGCUCUCUUGUGGCUUUAAAUAAGGUGACUGCAGACAUAGGACUGGGCAGUGACUCUGUAUGUGCACGUCCCUCAUCUCAUCGGAUAAAAUCUUUCGAUUCUCUGGGAUCCCAGUCUUUACACAGUAGAACUUCAAAACUCUUUCAGGGACAGUAUCGGAGUUUGGACAUGACAGAUAACGGCAACCAUCAGUUGGUGGUGAGAGCAAAAUUUAAUUUUCAACAGACAAAUGAAGAUGAACUUUCUUUUUCAAAAGGCGAUAUUAUUCACGUUACAAGAGUGGAAGAAGGAGGCUGGUGGGAAGGAACUCUAAAUGGCAAAACAGGGUGGUUUCCAAGUAACUACGUACGAGAAAUAAAAUCAAAUGAAAAACCGGUCUCCCCCAAAUCAGGUACAUUGAAGAGUCCACCUAAAGGCUUUGAUACGUCUGCAAUUAACAAAAGCUAUUACAAUGUGGUGCUACAAAAUAUAUUAGAAACAGAAAAUGAAUAUGCUAAGGAGCUACAAACAAUGCUUUCAAACUACCUGCGACCAUUACAAGCCAGUGAAAAGUUAAACUUGGCAAAUACUUCAUACUUAAUGGGAAACCUGGAAGAAAUAAGUUCUUUCCAGCAAAUGCUUGUACAGUCUUUAGAAGAAUGCACCAAGUUGCCUGAAGCUCAGCAGAGGGUUGGAGGAUGUUUUCUAAAUUUGAUGCCACAAAUGAAAAGCUUAUACCUUGCAUACUGUGCCAACCAUCCAUCAGCAGUAAAUGUUCUCACAGAACACAGUGAGGAGCUAGGAGAAUUCAUGGAGGUGAAAGGUGCCAACAGCCCUGGGAUCCUUGUACUGACCACGGGCCUCAGCAAACCUUUUAUGCGUCUGGAUAAAUACCCCACGUUACUCAAAGAACUUGAAAGGCACAUGGAGGAUUAUCAUCCGGAUCGUCCAGAUAUUCAGAAAUCCAUGACUGCCUUCAAAAACCUUUCUGCACAAUGUCAAGAAGUACGGAAACGGAAAGAACUAGAACUACAAAUACUGACGGAAGCUAUCCGUUGUUGGGAGGGAGAGGAUAUUAAAACUCUUGGCAAUGUGAUUUACAUGUCCCAGGUCAUGAUUCAGUGUGCUGGAAGUGAGGAAAAGAAUGAAAGGUAUCUUCUUCUCUUCCCUAACAUUUUGCUAAUGUUGUCUGCCAGCCCGAGAAUGAGUGGGUUUAUCUAUCAGGGAAAACUGCCAACAACAGGAAUGGCUAUCACAAAGCUAGAAGACACUGAAAACCAUAAAAAUGCGUUUGAAAUAUCAGGAAAUAUGAUUGAAAGGAUACUAGUGUCUUGUAACAACCAACAAGAUUUGCAUGAAUGGGUGGAUCACCUGCAGAAGCAAACCAAAGUCACAACUGUUGGGAAUCCCACCAUUAAACCUCACUCUGUGCCAUCUCACACGCUUCCUUCCCAUCCAGUAACACCCUCCAGCAAGCACUCAGACAGCAAGCCGAUACCGCUGACGCCUGCGUACCACACCCUCCCUCAUCCGUCACACCAUGGGACUCCACAUACCACGAUAAACUGGGGGCCGCUGGAACCUCCGAAAACCCCCAAGCCUUGGAGCCUGAGCUGCUUACGGCCCGCACCUCCAUUACGGCCUUCAGCAGCUCUUUGUUACAAAGAGGAUCUCAGUAAAAGCCCUAAAACCAUGAAAAAGCUGCUUCCCAAACGCAAGCCAGAACGGAAGCCGUCAGAUGAAGAGUUCGCACUGAGAAAAAGUACAGCUGCUUUAGAAGAAGAUGCUCAAAUUCUUAAAGUCAUUGAAGCAUAUUGCACAAGUGCCAAAACUCGUCAAACACUAAAUUCAAGUUCCCGUAAAGAAUCAGCUCCUCAAGUCCUGCUUCCAGAAGAAGAAAAAAUUAUUGUAGAAGAAACUAAAAGUAAUGGUCAGACUGUUAUAGAAGAGAAAAGCCUUGUUGACACAGUAUACGCAUUAAAGGAUGAAGUACAGGAGUUAAGACAGGAUAACAAGAAGAUGAAGAAAUCAUUAGAAGAAGAACAAAGAGCUCGCAAGGACUUGGAGAAACUUGUUAGAAAAGUUCUAAAGAACAUGAAUGAUCCAUCUUGGGAUGAAACCAACUUAUAA